AUGUCUCCGGCAAUCAUGAAAGGCUCAACACCGCACCACGCCACCGAGUUCCCACCGACGCAUGUGCCGGGCCUGCACGAGCACUCAAUAAGCUGCAAGCACCUGGUCGGGUGGAUUAUGGAGUUCUGCUCAAUCACCAGCUCGGGCGAAUUCGUGUGUCUUUCCAAAGAAACCUCCCAGCCAUUGAUGGUUUUUGACUUGCGCAAUACUGUGCUGCGCAUGGUUGGUAGCAGCGCCUGGGGCCGUCAAGCUAUUGAGGUUGUGGACGUGGCCUCGGGCAACCCGCUCAUUUACCUGCGUGCGUCAUCAAGGUCUGAGACCACCGCGUGGUUAUCCGAAAUGCAGUGCUGGCAAAGCCCUGAGUCGCCAAAACCCGCCUUGUCACCCCCUGUGCCCACCCCAGAUGCUGCUGCUGUUGCCGAUAAUACUGAUUCCAAUGAGACCGCACCUGACGCCUUUAGUACGGGCAAAAACCCUGAGACCACUACAGACAUGCGUGCAGAAACCCACCGCAACUUGUCCAAGCGCUUGUCCACACGAUGGCGCCAGCAGCGCAAAACAACUGUUAGCUUGCUGUUUUAUGAGGUUGGUGAGUCCCUGGUUGUUGAAGUCGCGGAUAUUGACGUACAUGCCUUGUUUGUUCACGAUAUACAGGCUGAGGAUGACUCGCUUUUUGAGGGCGGUUCGUUUGGAUUCCAUAUCAACUUGGGCUGCGAGUCUGAGAUUAUGCCUACCGGAUACAACAUGGCAAAUGUGCUGGCAGACUCAGCCCCCUGCGACGGCAGCUCUGGUGGUGGAGGCGGCGAUGGCGAUGGCGGCGAUGGCGAUGGGAACAAUCACAAUGUCAGCUGGGCCAGCCCGCAGAGCACACCCAAUCCCGCCACGCUUUACGAGCACGAGGAGGACGAAAAUUCGGCCAAAGCAGUCAAACUAGAUGGCGACGAUCAGAGCGAGCGUGCACGCCGGCGUCGCAGCAAGAGCCUCGGCCACUUGAUUGGGCUCGAAAACCUGUCGAUCAGCGGAAACAGCGUAAACAGCGGACAAGGAAACAAGCGCAGCAAGCACAGUCGGUUUGGAUGGCACAGAGACAGCAAGUCCAAGCCCAGCAAGGAAAGCAUAGACAACAAUAAUAGCAGCAGCCGCGCGUCACUUACCAGUGCUUCAGGGCAUCAUUCGAUAGCUGCAAAUCCACCUGUUCUCUAUCUGGCAGCUAUGCGCGCGGGAGAGCGCAAUAGCUGGAUUGCGCAGCUGCGCCAUCAUGCGCAGACGCUGUUUUCAGGCACGGUGCCUAGGCCGCCAAGUAGUCCGACAUUGGCGCCGCUGGUAUUUCGUGUCGAGCGCUGCAUGUGGAUUAAAAUCCACGAAGUCCAGGGUUUGCCAAAGGCCAACGACUCGGCUAUCGCCCUGGUCGUCAUCGAUGGCCACGUAGUCACCCAAUCCGAGGUGUCGACACCACAAGCAAACCUGCCGAUAAUUCAGCGUGGCGUCCACGUGCUUGUGCGGCACAAGGAGAAGCAGGCACAGGGCGGCGGCUUGCUGGGGUACUGCCAAAUCCCUAUACCGAUGCUGCAGCGUGGGUGCACGUAUGAUGGCUGGUACCCGAUAUCGCACGGCGAUGUGUCUGCGAUUGACCAGACUAUUGGCUCGUACCUGCCUCUGGCCACAAACACAAAGCCAGCAUGGCGGCGCUGGACUAGCAAGCAUAUUACGCACAGCGACCAUCACCAUAGCCACAGCCAUCAUCACCAUCCGCCGUCGGCUUCCCGCCCAUCAACGCCCUUCCGGUCAGGAGACGUACAUGUGCAGGUGCGCUACGACGAAAUUAUUGUUUUCCCAUCUGCGUUUUAUGCCGAUGUUGUCGCGUUGCUGCUCGACUCACGGCUGACGCUGAUCCUUGACCUGGCGGCGAUUCUGCCAAGGUCCGCCGAUUGGUUGGUAGAGACCACGGCCAAGAUUGCACUCUGCGAUAACCGCAUUGUGCCUUGGGUUGAUGCCAUUGUCCGGCAUGAGCUGGGCUCCCAUGCGCCGCCGGAUCCAGCACUGAUAUUCCGCGGCUCCUCCAUAGCCACACGCUCCAUGGACACCCUCAUGAAGGUCGUAGAUCCCUCCCGUCUGCACUCGCACGACAAUGUCAAAGCAAACUGGCGCCAGCUUCUUCAUCUCUUGCAUGCUGUCUGGCUUGGCAUCGAAGAGUCCAUGCAUAGUUGUCCGCCGACUAUGCGCCGUGUGUUUGCUGGUAUUCGGCAGUCCAUCUCCUAUUUCUACUCGGACCAUGGCGCCUACACCCAAGUGCGCUACUCCUGCAUCAGUGGAUUCCUGUUCCUGCGUUUUGUGUGCCAGCGAUGCUUUCGCCAAAACAUUUGGUCUUGUUGGUACCAGCCUAGUGCUCCGGCUUUGCGCACGCUUACUCUUUUGGCAAAGGGCGUUCAGUGUGCGGCCAAUUUGACCGACUUUGCAUUAAAGGAGCCGUAUAUGCAGCCGAUGAAUGCAUUUGUGCAACAGAGUGUGCCAAAGCUCAAGAUGUUUAUCGACUGUAUAUCCGCGGACAAUCCGGAAGAUAAGCGCAUGGAGGCAAUGGCUGUGAUGACGGUUGAUCGGGAACGCGAGCUGGCUGCGUUUAGCGACUUUGUAUGGGCAUCUAGAGACGAUAUCCGCGAAAUCAUGGAGCUCAGCAGUCCCGGAGGCCAUUCAGUGUCGCAAAUGUAUCCGAUGGCAGCGGGUGAUGGCAGCUCGGCAAAAUGCACAUCGCCGAUGACCGUGACAACAGCAGACUCGUUCAAUAAGAGUCCGGAUCCUACAGUGGUGGACUAUGACGGGUUUAGCGGCGGGUCGGUUAAAUCGCCGGUUCCUGACCAUGCCCGGCGCACGCGAGAGAUGAACGCCCCUAGGUCGUUGGCCGACUGCGUUGAUGCUAAUCCCGAAAAUAAUAGCGGUGCUAAUCUCUAA